AUGGUUCCUGAGGCUAAGGACAAGGUUCCUGACACUGAGGAGAAGCUUCCUGACGCUGAGGACAAGGUGUCACUAAAUCUCGGCAAAAGACAAGAUAUGUUCUUAAUUUCAAAAGAUUCAAUGCCAAUAACUUUCUUCAUGAUCUUUCCCAGAUGCCCUCGGAAAAUGUGGCGCUUUAUCAUAACCCAAAUGUUUGUUGGCGGGUAUGGAGAUCCCUUUUCCUACACGUCCUUUAUUGGCAUGCGCCGCUAAGGCUGAUGAGACUUAGAGGAAAUUCUAUUCCUUGGAUUUCCCCUGAUAUCAAAAAUCUGAUGAGGGUUAGGGACUCUUACAAGAAAAUGGCUGUUAAAAAUAAUUCCCAGAUUCACUGGGAAAAAUUCAAAGAAAUACGUAACAAAGUCAAUUCAGAACUAACUAAAGCUAAAACAGCAUUUUUCUGUAACAAAUUUGGGAACUGAGGACAAGGUUUCAGACGGUCAGGACAAUGUUCCUGACACUAAGGACAAGCUUCUUGACGCUGAGGACAAGGUUUCUAACGCUGAGGAAAAGGAUGUUGACGCUGAGGACAAGGCUCCUGACGCUGAGGAGAAGGUUACUGACGCGAGGACAAGGUUCCAGACGCUGAGGACAAGGUUCCUGACGCUGAGGACAAGGUUCUUGACGCUGAUGACAAGGUACCUGACGCUGAGGACAAGGUUCCAGACGCUGAGGACAAGGUUCCUGACGCUGAGGACAAGGUUCCUGACGCUGAGGACAAGGUUCUUGACGGUGAGGACAAGGUUCGUGACGCUGAGGACAAGGUUCUUGACGCUGAGGACAAGGUUUCUAACGCUGAGGAAAAGGAUGCUGACGCUGAGGACAAGGUUCCUGACGCUGAGCACAAGGUUCCUGACGCUGAGGACAAGGUUCCUGACGCUGAGGACAAGGUUCCUGACGCUGAGGACAAGGUUCUUGACGCUGAGGACAAGGUUUCGAACGCUGAGGUUUUAAAAGGACGUUGACGCUGAGGAGAAGGCUCCUGACGCUGAGGAGAAGGUUCCUGACGCGAGGACAAGGUUCCAGACGCUGAGGACAAGGUUCCAGACGCUGAGGACAAGGUUCCUGACGCUGAGGACAAGGUUCCUGACGCUGAGGACUAGGUUCUUGACGCUGAGGACAAGGUUUCUAAUGAUGAGGACAAGGUUUCUGGCGCUGAGGACAAGGUUCCUGACACUGAGGGCAAGGUUCCAGACGCUGAGGACAAUGUUCCUGACGCUAAGGACAAGGUUCUUGACGCUGAGGACAAGGUUUCUAACGCUGAGGAAAAGGAUGUUGACCCUGAGGACAAGGCUCCUGACGCUGAGGAGAAGGUUCCUGACGCGAGGACAAGGUUCCUGACGCGAGAACAAGGUUCCUGA